GUCUUUUUGACUGCAACAUUGCAUUCUGUCACUAGCAUUUUUUCUUACAAUGGAAUUUCCAGACUUGGGAAAGCACUGUUCUGAAAAAACUUGUAAGCAACUAGAUUUUCUUCCAUUAGAAUGUGAUGGAUGUAACAAAGUCUUUUGUAAAGAUCACCAUAAAUCCAGUCGCCAUAAAUGUAGUGCUGCAUAUAAAAAGGAUGUUCAGGUUCCAGUGUGCCCACUUUGUUGGGCCCCUGUUCCAGUAGGAAGAGGAGAAAUUGCAGAUAUUGUGGUUGGAAAACAUAUGGAUGAUGAUUGUAAACAUAACCCAGCUAAGGAAAAACCAAAAAUUUUCAUACACCGGUGCUCAAAGGAGGGAUGCAAAAAGAAAGAAAUGUUAAAGUUGGUGUGUGAACAGUGUCAAGACAACUUCUGUAUUAAACACAGACAUCCUUUGGAUCAUAACUGCAAACAUAGGGAUCAUCCUAUCUCCAAAGCAGGGUGUGCAGCUAUAAUGAGAGCUUCUGAAUCGAAGUCAUCUGGAGCUUCAAACAAAUUGUCUUCCAGUUGGCUAGCUCAGCAAUUAAGAGGGAAACAAAAGUGUUGAUGGUAAUUUGACACUCCUGUCUUUGACCUGGCAAUGAUUCUACACAUUGUAAUAUAAUUUACAGUAAUGUGAGAUUUCCUACAAAACCUGUUAUUUACCUUUUGUUAACUUAUCUGAUAUUUUCUUAUAUUUUUCAGGGGUAAUUGUAAAAUGUAAUUAAAAUUGUUUUAAACCAGUCUUAUUUUGGACAUAAUGGUUUCAUCACCUCCAUUAGGAACAAAAAUAGUGCCUUUAAUAACUUUGUACAUUUAUACAUACUUUACAUUUUAAUUAUAACUUUAAUUUAUAACAAAUUUUAACAUUUUGUUCUUGUAUUGCUUUUUGAUCAUAACUUAAAUGUAUUAGGAUGCCACAGAGUUGUUUCUGGUGCCUUUUAUACCAUUGACUUUUUGGAGCUGUCUCUUUAAAAAAUCUCUUCUUGAGUUGAGGUACUUCAAAAAUUCUUGUACCUUUAUGUUUUGAGUAAAUUGGCCAAAUUUUGUUAGGUUAUUGUUCUUAGUGCCUGAGGAAAGAUUUGAAAUAAGUAUUUCUUUCUGCCUUUGUUUUUCCAAAACAAUUUUGAAAUGCAUUUUAAAAGAAUGAUCAAUAAUGACAUUGACAGAAUAUUUGGACAUAGUCAUUACUUAAGAAAAAUAAACCAAAAAUAUUUAAGCUGGUGUAUGGAACUUUUUUUUUUUUGGACAGGACACAGAAAGUGUUUCAAAGCAGUGAAUACCAUUCUCUUCUGAAGAAUAUUAAAAGUAAUACCAAAUAAUAUAGAAAGAGGCAGAGGAACUUUCAUAUGAGGUUUGUUGUAGCUGCCUUCAUAGAAGGCUAGUGGUGUUCCUUUUUGAAACCAAGAUACUAAAGCUGUUAAUAGAGACAAAUAUUUAAGAAUGUUGCUCUGAAUGCAUGGGCAGUGUAAUAAUGCAAGAAUAUUAGUGAUAGUGAUCUUCUGGGCCACUGCCAAAAUGUGUUUUUGUUUUAUUAAAUAGACAGUGAAAUCUCGUGUCAGCUUUUAUUACAAGUAAUCUAUAGGUAGAUAUUAAUUAAACCAUAAAAGUUUAUAGACAACAUAAAAUAGGCAUAUUUUUAUAGAGCUUAUACAAAUUGAUUUAUUUGGAGUUAUGGAAUGGUUUCAAAAUCACUAAAGCCUGUGAAUAGGAUCAUUAUUCUCUACUGAAUGGAAGGUAGUGCCAUGUAUUAUGUGAGCUAUUGUAUUCUGAGAUGUAAUCUUUACCACAAGCUAAGAGAAUCCCUGUCUUGAAGGUUCAGCAGACAACCAUACUUUUGAUGCUGUGAAGAUAAUUAUAACUAUAUGGAAUUUUUUCUUCUGGAGUAUUCCACAACUUCAUCCCUUGUAUUUUGUCUAAUAUGAUUUAUGCUUCAACCAAGUUCCCCUUCAUCCACCCUCCAUCAAGUUAUUUUUAUAUGCAGUUUUUAUUCUGUUCAUAGGACUCACUUAGUAGCACCUUUAUAAAGCACCAUAUUUUUUUUGGUAUGAAUAAACAUGAUAUCACAAGGCA